AUGCAUCUCCGAGUGAUUACAUUCGCUUUGAUCUGGCUAUUGCCUGUGGAUGCAAGAAAUUUGGAUGGCUCAGAUUCACAUUAUGACUUUGUCAUUGUUGGAGGAGGCACCAGUGGGUUGGUUGUCGCCAACAGACUCUCAGAGUUGGGUGAUGUCAGUGUGGCAGUCAUCGAGGCUGGAGACUCGGUCCUAAACAACCAUAACGUGUCAACGACUACUGGAUACGGCCUGAGCUUUGGAACAGCUAUUGACUGGGCGUACCAGACGGAAGAUCAAAUCUACGCUGGAGGGUCAAAACAGACUAUGCGCGCGGGCAAGGCCAUAGGUGGCACCAGCACAAUCAAUGGUAUCAUUUCCAAAAUACCCCCUUCGAUGUAA